AUGGCGCCCAGAAUUCUGUUAUGCGGUGAUCCUCUCGGACGUCUCAAUCAGCUCUUCAAGCGUGUCCAAUCGGUCAGCAAAUCGGCGGGUCCAUUUGACGCACUUCUUUGCGUCGGACAGUUUUUUCCCGAUUCACCGGAUCUUCUAGACGAGUUUUUGGAUUACGUCGAAGGCCGAGCUCAGGUUCCGAUUCCUACUUACUUCACCGGCGACUAUGGCAUCACCGCCCCCAAAAUCCUAUCGGCGACCUCGAAGAAAGCAGAAAAUCAAGGGUUUAAGAUGGACGGACUCGAGGUUUCCCCCAAUUUGUUCUGGCUAAGAGGAAGUGGGAAGUUCACUCUUCAUGGUCUGUCUAUUACUUACUUAUCUGGGAGGCAAUCAUCUGAUAGCCAAUUUGGGAAAUACAGUGAAGAUGAUGUUGAUGCUCUUCGUGCACUUGCUGAAGAACCUGGAGUGGUUGAUUUGUUCUUAACAUAUCCUUUUUUGUAUACUAAUGAAUGGCCUGCUGGAGUAACGAAGAGAGCUGUGGAUUCUGAUGUUCCUGCAGACGUUUCUGAUUCCUCUUGUUGUGAUCUCACUGUUUCUGAAUUGGUGAAGGAAGUUAAACCUCGCUAUCACAUUGCAGGUUCUAUGGGGGUGUUUUAUGCUCGUGAACCUUACCUUAACGUUGAUUCUAGUCAUGUAACUCGCUUUCUUGGUCUUGCACAAGUUGGAAACAAAAACAAACAGAAGUUUCUUCAUGCACUUUCUCCUACACCAUCGUCUACGAUGUCACCAUCAGAGCUUAAUGCAAAGCCUCCAAAGACUACACUAUGUCCUUAUACGUUACAAGAGGGAGCUACUGAAUCGAAGAAGAGGUCAAACGAAGAUGACUCUGAUUCACAAUAUUGGAGGUAUGAUGUCUCAAAGCGACAGAAGAAUGGACCAGAUGGGGAGAAGCUCUGUUUCAAAUUUGUAUGCUCAGGGUCCUGUCCUCGAGGGGAAAGUUGCCACUUCCAGCACAACGCUGAGGCAAGAGAACAGUGUCGUAGAGGUGUUUGCCUUGAUCUUAUCAUCAAAGGUAAGUGUGAAAAAGGCCCAGAGUGCAGCUACAAGCACGAGUUUCAAGAUGAAAGUGUACAAAGAAAGCCCAGAUCUGAUAAUGCUAACAGGUCUAGAGAAUGCUGGUUUUGUCUAUCAAGCCCGAGUGUGGAGUCACAUCUGAUCGUCAGUGUAGGGGAGAGUUUUUAUUGUGCUCUACCUAAAGGCUCACUAGUCGAAGACCACAUAUUGAUAAUCCCAAUCGAACAUUUGCCAAAUACCCUUGUUUUAUCUCCUGAGGGUGAAUCCGAGCUUAGUAGAUACCAAAAUGGUCUGAGGAAUUGUUAUAAGAGCCAAGGAAAUGAUGCAGUUUUCUUUGAACUGGUCUCUAAACGUGUUUCUCAUGCUAACCUCCAGGCUGUUCCUGUUCCAGCAUCCAGAGCUCGUCUUCUUCCUAAUAUAUUUAGUCUUGCGGCUGAAAAACUGGGCUUCAAGCUUGUGACGAAAAAGUUUAAUGAUAGUUCCGAAGGCAGAAAAUAUCUGCAGAAGGAAUACAAUGAAGCUUUGGGUCUCUUCUAUGUGGUACUUCCUGAUGGAACUGUGUUAACACACACCUUGGAAGAGAAUGAAGUAUUCCCUGCACAAUUUGGACGCGAGGUUCUUGCAGGGUUGCUAAAGAUCCCAGAUAGAGCCGACUGGAGAAACUGUAAGAUUAGCCAAGAAGAGGAGGCAAAGCUUGUUGAAGAUUUCAAGAAACAAUUCCAAGAAUUUGACCCUUGCCAAUAG